AUGUCAAGUGUUAAUACUACAUCAAUGACAACAAUUGGACCAUCAAGAGCAGCUGUGAUUACUGCACACUAUUCGUUAAUUUUGGUCUUUAUUGGCACUUCACUCAAUAUUAUAACAUUCAUCAUUCUUUGUCGAUCAACAUUCAGAAACACAAAAACAAAACCUAUAAUUCAUUAUAUGAGAACAAUGGCUAUAUUUGAUAUUCUUAUGUUAUAUGGAUGGAAUCUCGAUCAUUAUCUUGCUAACAUCCAUGGAUUUACUUUUUCACGACAAGCUAUACCUCUAUGCAGAUUUUUUUCGUUUCUUAAUUAUUUUGCUGCUCAGACAUCAGCUUGGCUUCGUGUCUUUGUUUGUUUGGAUCGAUAUUUAUCAUUAAGUCGUCUUCAUCGAACAUGGUUUAGUCAAUCGAAGAAUAUUCUCAUUAUAAUUACAUGCAUUAUGGGCAUUCUUUUACUUCUCAACUUUCAUUUUUUUCUCUUUGUUUGCUAUUCUAGAGCAGACGGUACAAUUAGUGUUUCAUCUUGGCUGUAUGUUGUCUAUCCAUUAUGGGAUUAUGUUAAUUUAGGAGUAUAUAAUUGUGCACCAUUUAUAUUCAUGGUUACAUUCAAUAGUGGUGCGAUUUAUCAUUUAAUUCAUCUUCGUUAUACAAGUACUAUUCAAAAUUCACGCAUACAACAUAAAUCUAUUUCAAUUACACUGAUCAUAACAACAUUUCUGUUCCUAAUUAUGACUAUACCAGCUACUGUAGGUUAUGCAUUCUUUCCUACAGCAAAUUCUACCAUUUUGCAUUUGUUAGAUGGUCUUCUUUAUACUUAUCAUGCAUUGUCAUUUCCAUUGUAUAUGAUUAUAUUUGAUGAGUUUCAACAAGAAGUUUUUAGAAUGAUUACAUGUAAGAGAAACAAUUAA